GGCACCGGGACGGCCGGUAAACAGGCGGUGGCUCCGCCGCGGAGCCUCUUGGGAGCCGUAGUUCUGCAGCGCGCGGAAGGAACUACAGCCGUGCCCACGGGCCUAUCGGAGAGCGGGGAGGGCGGGACAUUACCGAGAGUCUGCUGCUAUUGGACCGCGGGGCUGGACGCCGGAGCCAAUCAGAAGUGGAAGCGGCUGAAGCGGGCGGGAGGCGGUGCGCCGAUCGCCAUAGCGACGGGGACGCCGCUGGGUCGGGCUGGGCUCUGAGGUGGCCGGGAGGGACUCGAGGGGACCGGGACCGGGACCGGAGCUGGGGCUGGGGCUGGAGCCGGGUCCAAGAGGGCCAAAGCCGCGGCUGCGACGUCGAGGCGGGAAAGCUUUAAACAAUGAGUCAGGCUGAUGAAGGAAAUCUCACUGACACAGAGCUGGCAGCUGAGAAUGAGUCACCUACCUGUGUGCCGCCUCCAGCAGCUCCUAGCCAGGAAGAGGGAUCCACUGACAUAACAGCAAGUCCUGCAUUUCAGUGUUUAGAUGAGCUAUUUUCUGCUGGAAAAAUUACAGACACCAGAGUAGCUGAGCUGAAGGAACAGUACACCCUGCUGCAUGAGGCUGUGAUAAGUUUACAGGAAUCUGAGACCCAGCUUUUACAGGAAGCUGAACGCCUGAGUACAGAACUGGAGCAACAAUGUGACCUGGAAAAAGCAGAACUGCUCCCUGAAGAAGCUUCCAGUGAAGCUUCCCAAAUAAGGCAGCAACUUCUUAGCUGCCGAAGUGAAUACAAUGCCAUUAAAGGAAGAGUGUAUGAAAAUCGAUUGAAGAUAGAAUGUUUACGAGAAGAAAAAAAGCUUCUGGAAAAUGAAUAUGAAAGAGUUUCAAAAGAAAAGGCUGAGCUGGUUAGGAUCCUUGGUAUUCCAAAGCAACUUGCAAAAGAAACUGAGAAGCUGAAUCAGAAAAAAAUUGAUGCAGAGAAGAAGAAUGAGGCCCUUAAUGACCAAAUAGAAGAAUUGAAUAGAACCCUGAAAGCCACUGAAAAAAAGACUGAAGAGAUUUUGCAAGAAAAAGAAGAUGUGAUGAAGGAAUUGCAUGACAGACAAACUUUGAUACAAAAGAAUGAACAAGAAUGCAUUACUUUGACAAAAUUACUAGAAAUUAGUGCAGAGAAGGAAUUAGCUGUCCUAACAGACAGACAAAUUCUGGAAAAUAAUUUAAAUAAAUGUGUCUUGGAGAAAAAAAAGCAACAAGAUAUCCUCAGUCACCAUCAAACACAGAAAGAUAAAGAACUGAAAAGUUUAAAAAAGAUAGAGUUACAACUGAAAGGGAUUUGGGAUUCCUUGGAAGGAGAUAAGGCAAAGCACAAAAGACUCAAAUCAGAGGCAGAAAUUAACUCAAAAAAAAAUGCAAUAUUAUUAGAAAAACGACAAGAACUGCAGGAGGAGAUUGAAACGAUCAAGAGAGGUUUAGCUGAACAGGAAAUGAUAUCAGAUAUGGAUGCCCGAGUGUUAGAAGAAUGCAUUGCUGUAGAACACUUGCUUUUCAAAGAGCAGGAAAAAUGCAGAAAUGAGUUAUCCACACUUACACAUCUGACUUGGCUCAGAGCUGAUGAGAGGCAACUGAAAUGCAGGAAUGUUCAGAAAGCCAAGAUUCAACUCCAAAGUCUUGUUAAGGAACUAAAAAGAAAGGAUCGUGAACUAAUCACCUGUAAAAAGAUGAAAAAAGAAGUCCAAAAAGAACUCCAAGAAUUGGCUAGGAUGUGUGAUCUUAUGCAAAUUGAAAAGGAUAAAUGCAUACAGUUGAUGCAUAUUGCUCAGUGGAAAGCAAAGGAAGCUGAAAACCGGGUAAAAUUGCUAGAAAAUAAUAUAGAAAAUUUAAGGAAUGCCGUUAUAACCAGGGAAAGAAAAUUGCAGGAAGAGUAUCUGAAGAUUAAAAAGAAUGAGAGAAUGAAAGAAUUGAUCAAAAAGGAUUAUUGCAAAGUUGUACAAGAGAUUCUAGAGAGUAAAGAAAAGGAAAAGUAUCUGAAUGUUGACAGACUUACCACUGAAGCCACACACAUGGAAGAGGAAAUUUCGCAGAUACGCAAAAAAUAUGAAAGGACUGUUCAGCAGCAAAAUGAGAGUGGUCUUCUGCUUAGAGAACGAGAAGAAGAACUAGGCUUUUUGUAUGAAAAAGUAAACAGGCAAGAGAUGUUGUGUAAAAAUGGAGAUAGUAAGAUGCAAGUUAUGAAUGAAAAGAUCAGUUUUCUGAAGCUGAAGGUAGCUGAGAAAAAAAGAGAGGUUAAAUUGUGUUUUAAAGAGCUCACAGUGAAGAAUGCCCUGGAUGCCCAUCUGAUGAGACUUCGGAUACAGUAUUCCAAGUGCAGGGACAAGAUUAAACAGCUGGAGGAAAACUAUGGUGAUGCCACAAAUGAGAGCAGAAAGCAAGAAAUGGGAGGGAAGGACCCGUCUCCACCUGAGCUACUAAAAAGGAUUGAACAGAUGGAGGCAGAGCUGCUGCAGAAGGAGCAGAGACUGCUGAAGAUAGAAUUUCUCUUUGAGAACAUUUCUGAUCUGACGGACAGAAUCCGUGCUGUGGUGGAGAACAGCAAGCAGGACAUGCUGCUUUUCGCUAGGAGGAGCAAUGACCUGCAGAGGAAGAUAAAUGACAAAACCCAGGAGAUAAGGGCUCUUUUUGCAGAGUUAUCCAUGAAGCAAGAACUUGCUAUUAAACUCCAGCAGGAAAUCAGAGACAAAGAACAAUUUGUGAUGACUACUUCAUUGAUGAUAAGUCAAGGCCUUCCCCCUCCUGAAAAAGUAGAAAAUAAACAGAAGAUCCUGCGCAAUGAGAAGAUGCAAAAAGCAGCAGCUGAAGCCGGAGCUAAACACCCUGCAGAGGAGGAACAAGAUGCAGUUCCUGGCCAUGCCCCCACUAUCCCUGAGGAGGAGGAGGAGGAGGAGGAGAGGCUCCCACUGUUGCAGCCCCACGUGGUUCCCUUCAGACCAACUGAGCCCAGCUCGAGUCGAAGACAUAUCAAAAAGCCUUCUGCAAAGUAAUUUGAAAUGUGAACAGACAGCACCUGAAGCAGGAGAGACCAUUACCAGCUGCUGGAUCACAAGGGUCAGCAGCACUUGAAGCAGCACUUUACACUGCACUGAAGGAAGAUCUGCUGGUGUUCAGCCAAAUUCCAUAAGGAAAACUUAGUAUUUGUUCAUGACAACAGCACAGCACAGCUAACUA